AUGGAAGCCUCGUGGAGCACGAUUCAAGCAUUGAAAGGCGCACACAAUCCACCCGAGUCAUUCCGAGUGUUCACAGCGACACUUAUCUCCGGCUACGUCGGCAAAGGUCUCAUUAGAGAUAGCCCGCUGGUGCAAAAGGUGCUAGCUGGAGACACAACUCCUCGAGACUCCGCUUUGUUUCUCAACUCGAAGAAUGAGACGUCGUUCCAGAAUUGCACGGGCUUGCCAAAAUUCAAUCCCGCAAUCUACAACUACGAGUACCUGAGCAACGCGUACCGCCAGAUGGCUGGCGAUGUGAAGUACAAUGUCACUCUGCUGGAGGACUUGGAGCUGGUGCUCGUAGUCGUGGACUGCAGCUUCACCAAUCUCAAGACUGGAGACAACGCGAUGGUGCGAUUCUUCAACUUGGUGCGCUCCCGUUCCGACCCCGAGAAUUUGUACAUGGUCACCAUGUCGCUCAACGUGCAGGAUUACGAGAUUCGGGACCGCAACAAGAAAGGACCGUGUAUUCUGACCAUGAUUGCGAUUGCCCAGGACAUGAGUGAGGGCAACAUUGGCCAGUUCUACCUCAUGGCACUGACAUAUCCGUAUCAGAGAACAAUGGAGUUUCAAGUAUAUGAAUUCGCGGGGAUAACUGAAGACAGCUAUCUCGACUUACGCAGCGUGCCGCAAGACCCGCUCACUCAGCCAGUGAAGCAUGUGGUGACGUCGAGAAAGCGGGGGUUCUUUGACGGGGAGGAGCAGUCGAACAACCGCUACAUGUACACACUUCUCGACUCAAACUCGACAAGCGCACAGAGCCGAUGGGAGUGGCUCGGAGAAGCCGUAAUCUCGGAUUCGUGGGCCUGGGUACACGGACUGCACUUCUUCUUUGGAAUGCAAACCAUCUUUUCGUUGGGCGUGUUGUGUCUUGUGGCAUACCAGAACGCUCGCGCAGGCAAACUGUGGAUCGGUGAUCCGUUUGCGUCCGUUUCGACUGCUGGGCUCGUUUCACGCGGGGUUCUAGUCGUGAUAUCGUGGUACUUGAACUCGUUCUGGAUGCUUUUCGAGUACUGUUUGUCAAUUGGUGGACAAAUCUCGAAAACGCAGAUUGUUCGGGUUCACACGGAGCUGGUGCACGCCGACGUUCUGGUCGUGUACCUGAGCCUAGUUGGGCUGCUGAGCUCCGUUUUUCGAGAGCGAAUCGAUCCCUCCGUGGUCAUCUUCCUGUUUGAAAUCAUCUAUUCCAAGCAUUUAGCCCUUCUGGCCUCAGCUUCGACGGUAAUUCGCAAGGAGGUUGUGACUUACUCCGACAGUGUUUUCCGCUUAGGAGUUCCGAAAGUGUCGACCGCUGUUGCGAAGAUGGCCCCGCUACGCUUGUGGACCGCCUUCCAGAUUCCUCACGAAAAGGAUAGUACGUUCCUCUUCGCGUCCUUCUUCCCCAACGCCAUCUUACUGUCGAUUAUCGCGGGUUUUGCGAUUCUACACAAGCUCUAUCGGCGCUACUUUCCGGAGAAGAAUCGACAGCGUUCGAGCGUGAUGAGCACAGAGCGCUCAUCAAUCAAUGAUAGGACCGCGCUUGCAACGAAAGGCAACCUCACCAACUUUGAGAUUUCAACAGGCGCCGAGCUGCAGACUCGGUUCGGCAUCAUCUCCGACUACAACAACUACGUGUAUUUCAAGGGCAUGAAGUUUGCGUCGGCUGAUGGUGUGUACUGUUCUGGGUACGUGAUAGUAAAUGGGAAAAUGCUGGUGAGCGUCAAACAUCUUCUGUCAGUCGUGAUGAUCAAGACCACUCGAUCGCGGCUAACGAACGUCUACGUGUACGAAGUGGAGGGCAACACGGUAAAGGAUACAGCACGACUGGUGUAUCCGGAAACAUUCACGUGGUCGGAUCUGUGGCGCCUGAAUGUUACGGUACUGCUGUGA